AAGAGAGUGAAAGCGAAGCCCCGGGAUCGGCUGCAGCGCCCAUCCCGUCCGGCCAGCAGCGUCAUCGAGGGGGGGUGUCGGACAGGAAGCGGCGGUAACACCCGGAGAACCGGGAGCUGGCCGAGCGAUAGCAGGCGCCAUGUACGAGGAGAGCUCGCCGAGCCCCAGUGACUCCGGUUUUAAUCUCUCUAUCAAUCCACUCUUGCAUGAACUGCCUAGCUAUCAGACUGUGGCAAGAAGAUCCCACAGUGUUUCAGCCUCAACCAGACGGAGAAGCACCCUUGGCAGUUACUUCAGCACUUCACUAAAGAGAAGAGAAUCAUUGGGAGAUGCAGUUGAACAACCUGCCAGAUCAUUGCGAGAUUUACCCAUUAGUAUUCAAGAGAAGAAGAAAGUCAGAGUUAGACAAGAUGAACAAACAUAUUCGUCAAAUCAGAACAUUAUAUUUAAAAAUAUGAAAUGGAGGCGGCUUUCUCAAGGAAUCAAGGAGCAUAUAUCUAGCCUUUAUCUAUGGAGAAAAGAUAUUCAUGAUGUAGAAGGCAAAUUUGGCACGGGAAUACAAUCUUAUUUCUCCUUUCUCCGCUUUCUGGUUUUAUUGAAUUUUGUGAUUUUCCUGUUAAUGUUUUCUUUUGUUAUACUUCCAAUGAUCAUUUCAGCGCAAGGAGUUCUUAACAUCACAAGCACCCAAGUUUCCUCUUCUGGCAAAGCUGAGGAAUGUACCAAGUAUGAAGGCUCUAACCCAGGGCUUGUCCUCUUCUAUAGUCACGUGAUUGAUCUUCUUUCAGGAGCAGGAUUCUUGGAGCAGACCUAUCUGUUCUAUGGAUUUUACGGAACAGAUGAGUUGCAUUCUAAUUAUUUUCACUACAAUGUACCACUUGCGUAUUUCCUUACAACUUUUGCAUACAUUCUACUGAGUCUUUUUUGGAUAGUGAAAAGGGCAGUGGAAGGUUUCAAACAAAGCUUUAUCAGAUCAGAAGACCGAUUUCAGAGUUUUUGUAAUAAGAUAUUUGCAGGUUGGGACUUUUGUAUCACAGAUGAACACGCUGCAGCGAUGAAACAUAGCAGUCUUCAGUAUGAACUGAAGACUGACUUGGAUGAAGAAAGAAUAAAGCAGAAGAUUGCAGAAAGGACUCAGAAGGAAAAGUUCCAGAUUUACCUCCGAAGAGCUUUCUUGAACUUGCUUGUUUUACUGAUACUGGCUGCUUGUUUUUAUUGCAUAUAUAGAACCACCGUUUACUCCCAACAAUUCCAUUACACACAAACAAAUGAUGGAAGCUUCACAUUCGAUCUCAUAGUUCAAUACUUGCCCUCUAUUGUGAUCACUGCAGCUAACUUUAUCACUCCACUCUUGUUUGAAUACAUAAUCGCAUUCGAAGACUAUUCACCAGCCUUUGAGAUUAAAUUCAUGCUUCUCAGGUCUGUGUUUGUGCGAUUGGCUAAUAUUAUUGUUCUCUUGCUGAGCUUAUGGUCACAAAUUACAACAUGCAAUGGCGGAGAAUGCAAGCCUUGUGGAUACAACCAUAAAUCGUACCCAUGCUGGGAAACCCGAAUAGGACAAGAAAUGUACAAGUUGAUGAUAUUUGAUCUGAUUAUCAUUGGUGCUGUCACAUUAUUUGUGGAAUUUCCCAGAAAAUUACUUGUGACUUUUUGCUCUUUCCCACCUUUCACAUGGUGGGGGCAGCAACAGUUUAGUGUUCCGCAAAAUGUGUUAGAAAUUGUAUAUGGUCAAACAAUCUGUUGGAUUGGGACAUUUUAUUCACCAUUGCUCCCUGGAAUAGCAACCAUCAAAUAUUUUGCUAUAUUUUACAUAAAAAAGGUUUCUCUGAUGGCAAACUGUCAACCUUCCACCAGACCUUUUCGGGCAUCAAGUUCGAACUUCUUCUUUUUAGCGGUUCUGUUAAUUGGCCUUCCAUUAGCUUGUGUUCCAAUACUCUUCAGUAUUGCAAUAAUUAGUUCUUCAAAAUCUUGUGGGCCAUUCAGUAAAUUCAACACUACGUGGGAAAUUAUACCAACCACAAUUAACAGUUUUCCAGUGGGCCUUCAGAAACUUCUGUAUGGAUUGGGAUCUGAAAUAUUUGCUGUGCCAUUCUUUAUAAUUGUAUGCCUCAUUCUGUUUUAUCUUGUUGCGCUUUCUACAGCACACAAACGAGUUGUUGUUCAAUUAAGAGAUCAAUUAGCCAUGCAAGGUCGUGACAAGCAGUAUCUGAUCAGAAAACUGACGAGAGAAUCAGUCAUUGCAAAGAAAAGACUUGCUAUGGCUAAUGCUGAGAUACAAUGAAACAAGAUUUUUUAAUGCACAGCAUUUCAGGAUCUCAUGGGCAAGCAGAUGGCUGCUGGGUCUCCUGGUAGCUAACAUUUUAGGAACAAUAUUCUGUAACGCAUAAUCUUCCUGAAAACCCUUCCUGAAUAUUUUGUUAUCGGUGAAGGCAAGUUAUCAUUGUCCUUUAUAAAUGUUCUCAGAGGUUUUAUUUUCCUGAUACUAAAGUUUUACUAUUGCCAUAUUAAAACCAAUGUUGCCAUCUGUGUUUGCUGAAAGCUUAUAUGGGUAAAUGCUUGCAUUUAUUUACUGUAAACCCCUUGUGUAACAAUAUUUAAAACAUAUCUUUACUAAUUCUUCCCUUCUCUAUACAUCCUUUAGAUAGCAUUAUUAAUAUGUCUAUUAUUAACAAUUUAUUACUGUGAAGCAACAAAUACUGAUAUUGUUUACCACUUAAAUAUUAUGUGCAUUACAAACUACUAUAAAUUCACUGUUCUUAACCUGGUAUAUAUAUUUUUUAAGUUCUAAUGUUUGAUUGGUGAAGGAAAGGAUUAGCUUUACAAUGUAUGCAAUUCUUGUUUAUGAAAUUUAUUUUGAUACUGAUACAGAAGGGAAUAACUUUAUUCAGUAACAAAAUAUACAUAUAUACGACUAAUACCUUUUUAUGCAUUAAUGGAUAUAAAAGCUAUGCAGAGCAUGUAGGUUUUAUAAAAUGUUACCUCUAUAUUCUAGGUAUUUUGAGCUCCAGGCAUUCUUCUGGAAAUGAUACUGCUGUAAAAAAUAGCCUCUUCAAAUAUUGGGGCUAUUAAUGGUUUCCAUAAUAAAUAACUUUUCAGUCUUAGAAAUAAAUACCAUGGAAGAUCUGACAGUAAAUAGUGGAGUGGAUCUUUCAAGACAGAUAUUCCUUGUUAUCAGCAACUACCAGUAUUAAAUUAUUUUGGCCAAAAGAUCUUGAUUCCUGGUGCACUGCAUAUCUUAAGAGUUUAAUGGUUAAUUUGCAUAUUGCCACCAUUUGGUUUGGAUAGAUAUCAAUUCACUCGUUUUCACCUUUUUAAGCUUGCCUAUGGAGUGUUAGGUCUGACAGUAAUUGUUAAUGCAUUGUUAAUAAUUCUCUAAUGCUUAAACAAAUCAGAUUCAAGUCUUUAUAUCAUUCCUUAAUGGGCUGAAUGGCCAUUAAUAGGGAUGUUAAAUGAGUUUAUAAAAAAUCUUUGUAAAUAAAUUGGAUUGUGCACUGCCAUGAAGAUCAAAAGUGGUUGAAAUUCAGGGACUUAAUGUGAGUUGCACAAUAUCUGCAUUUUCUGUUCUAACUUAGAAUGUUGCUGUCACCAUUCCCAAAUCCAAAAUGUCCCAUUAUAUAUACCGUGCCAAUGUAAGCUCACACUUUUAUCAAGUUAUGUGGCAAAAAUGCAGUGCACCAUAGAUUGCAGGGAAAGGUCAUGAGUUGUAAGAUGCCUUGCUCUUAAAUUGCCUCAUUUAAAAACACUGUUGCAUACAACUUCUAAAUGAAAAAAAUUGCUAUUGUACUAUUGUGGAGCAGAGCAAUUAGCAUAGUUCCUGAGCUAGCAAGACAUAAACAAAGAUGUACAAGUCAACAUUCAUUUAACAGCAAUCUGUACUUGGUUGCCUUAAAAUAACACAUUGCUUGCAUAAUUAUACUGUUACCAAAACAAUUAUGAUCACCAUAUUUCAUGGUAAAUGCCUGAAUAUUUGAUGUGACUCAGGGAAUAAUAUCAUAUAAAUCUGCAUUCAGUGUUCCAAUUACACCAUCCAAAGAGAAUGAAAAUUAAACUGCAGCUCCCAUCUGAAAUAUUUCAACAAUAAACAACAGUUGUCUGGCUGAAACAUCGGCUAGAUUAGGUGUGUUGUAUGGAAUAAAUUGCAAACAAAAGAACUGGAUAACAACUCAAAAUUUAGUUUUUUUUAAACCACUACAAUAUUUUCUAAAUCUGGAGCAAAUGUUUUAGUUAAUGUAUAUUUUUUAAUAAUGAUGAAAAUAUUAUAUACAUGUUUCUUUGUAUGGCCUAGUUUCGUUUUAAUGAAAACUUUGUUUUGAAUAUAUUAUUUACAUACAGUAUUAAAUUUUGUCCAGAAAACUAACUAGUUGUGUUUUUUUAAAGUAAACUAUCAUUCUUACUUUUAAACUAAUGUUUUAUCUGUAUUUAUUUCUAAUUUGCUUAGGUUCAGAUUUACUGAAAUAAACUUGCCUUUAACAUUUCCAUAACAAGUGAUCACACAAAAAGUUCAUUAAAGAGUUUCUAGUUUAAUUAUAUAUAAAGCAAUAGAUGUGCAGCCCUAAAAAAUAAAUUAGCAGAUUUGUCUUAGACAAAAAAAAUUCAUAAGCAAUUUAUUGUAAUUUAUGAUAAUCCAAAGCUACAUAAUAUUUUGUAACCAAGUUUUCUUGUUGUUUAUCAUAUUUCAAUUGACUUCACUGAUGUCAGUAAAGCAAAAUUUUAUAUAACCAGCGGUCAAAAGUCUUGCACCUAUUUACUGCUGGUGACCAAAAAAGGAAUUACGAUUUUGAAAAGUCAGUAAAGGAUUAAUUUAAAUGGAAUUGUUGUCAGUAAUGUAAUUCCGUUUUAGGGUUAUAUAAUUUUAUAGCAUGGCAACAUGCCCUUUGUUCCAUCAUAUCAAUACUGACCUUGUGCCCAUCUAUACUAAUCCCAUUACCCCACAUUAGGUCUGUAUCCCUCCAUGCCCUGCUUAUUAAAGUGCCUGCCAAAAUGACUCUAUACUUAGUAACUUAUCGGACUCUUCCACCUCCCUCUCAAUUACUCAGGAGAGUGAAGGAGUUGGUAACAGGAACCAAAAAACAAUAAUUACAAGUAUGAAAUUGAAUGUCCCAUAAUUGACCUGACACUUUGGAGAGGAGGAGGAUUCAAGAGUUGAUUGUAUGUUAGAGCUGGUAUUAUCAGGAAUCUAGUAUAUAUUUUGAUGAUUUUGCCAAGUUCAGCAUACAUAUGAGAAAUAGGACACUGCCUAAGAGAGAUCCUUGAAGAAUACCGUAAGUAAUAGAGCAAUGUGGGUAGACAAGGUUUUGCAUGCAAUUGUUAGUUGAUGAGACAAAUAAGAAUGGAACCAGGUUAGUAUGGUGAUCCAUAGAGAAGGAGGAUGUAAUCAUUUAUCAUAGAGGAAAGAUGAUAGAUAUUUACCCUCUCUUCCCCCCCCCCUCCCAAUUCCUGAUGAAGCAUCUCAGCCUGAAACGUUGGCUACUCUUUUCUCACGGAUGCUGCCUGUCCUGCUGAGUUCUUCCAGCAUUGUGUACGUAUUCAUUUACCUUUGUUGUUUUAUUUGGAAUUAUAGGAGCUGUCAGAACUAAGACAGGAAUAGAAGCAUGAUUGGAGAGAUGAGUACUGGGUACUAGAGAACAUUGGAGGGAUUUGACAAGAAAAAGGGAAAUGAAGAUUAGAUCGUAACAUGCAACUAUCAAACGAUCAAAGACUGACUU